GGGGAGGAAGCAAAACCCUCGACGCCCGCCGCGAGCAGAAGGCCGGAAGGGACUACUAAUGUGAUGAUGGAGUAGAUCUGAGAUGUACCAUCGGAAAGAACAAUAACAACGGGAGAGGAGAAGAGCUGACGGAGAAGAGAUGUUUCGGAACCAGUAUGACACCGACGUGACGACGUGGAGCCCGGCGGGGCGUCUGUUCCAGGUAGAAUACGCCAUGGAGGCCGUCAAGCAGGGGGCUGCCGCCGUCGGCCUCCGCUCCACCUCCCACGUUGUCCUCGCCACCGUCAACAAGGCCGCCUCGGACCUCUCUUCCCACCAGCGCAAGGUCUUCAAGAUCGACGACCACAUCGGCGUCGCCAUCGCUGGUCUCACCGCCGACGGACGCGUGCUCUCCCGCUAUCUCCGCAACGAAUGCAUCAACCACUCCUUCGUCUACGAGUCCCCCCUCCCCGUCUCUCGCCUCGUCGUCCGCCUCGCCGACAAGGCCCAGGUCUGCACACAGCGUUCUUGGAAAAGGCCCUUUGGCGUGGGUCUACUUGUUGCCGGAUUAGAUGAGACCGGAGCUCACCUCUACUAUAACUGUCCCAGUGGUAACUACUUUGAGUACCAGGCAUUUGCAAUCGGAUCCCGCUCCCAGGCUGCAAAAACUUUCAUGGAGCGCAGAUUUGAGGCCUUCAACGGUUAUUCUCGUGAUGAACUGAUCAAAGACGCACUUUUUGCCAUAAAGGAGACAUUGCAAGGAGAGAAGCUGACCAGUUCCAUCUGCACCGUUGCUGUUGUCGGAAUUGGCGAGCCAUUUCACAUGCUUGAUCAGAAGACAAUACAGGAAGUGAUUGAUUCAAUAGAGAUCAAAGAAGAUGAUGCUUCUGCUGCAGCUGCAGAUCAAGCUCCCAUGCAAGAGGAGGACAAGAGCUCAGAAGCUGCAGCUGCAGAUCAAGCUUCCAUGCAAGAGGAGGACAAGAGCUCAGAAGCUGCUCCAAUGGAUAUUUGAUCCAUAUAUAAAAGAGUACAAACGUUUCACCACAAGAGCGUUGGUGUUUAGAGAUUGUCACCUGUUGUUUGCAUUAUUGCUUUUCGACAUGGUUCCUUCCUGCUUGAACUUACGAUGCCAAAUGUUAAACAGAACCUGUGCCUUACAAAUUGGUUUUAGGUUGACAAUGGAUUUGGGACGAUGACAUUGUACCAUCCAUUUUAAUAUUAGCCCGUGACAAGGGUGUGUGGCA